CGGAAACGGCUUGCCCGAAGGCAGGUCAACUCCGUUUUCACAAUCCAUAGCAAGAUCAUAUAAAUGGCAGAGCAAAGUCAUCCACUCAACUUUCUGUUUGGAACUUGGAAGGGAACGGGAAAAGGUGUCUACCCCACUAUCAGCCCUUUUGAAUACGAGGAAGAGAUAUCGUUCACUCCAUCGCCGAAAGGGUUCCUGAUUUAUUCGCAAAGAAGUUGGACGCUUGAUGAGGUGAAGAAGCCUUUGCAUGUUGAAACAGGCUAUGUACGUGUGCCCAACCCUAAAAAGGUCGAAAUGGUUAUUUCACAACCUACCGGCGUUGUCAGCGUCGAAGAAGGUACCAUUGAUGGCACAGUCAUUCAAGUUGAAACUAUCUCUUUGGCCCGCACGUCAUCUGCAAAGGCGCCGUAUGUGACCCAAUUUGUCCGGCGAUUUCAGGUCAAUGUAGAAGAAAGCACGUUGCAUUCAACCAUGGGAAUGGCUACAGAAGCGACAGACUUAACCCAGCAUCUAGAGUCAACCCUCAAACGCAUUGAUUGAGUGAUUAUUUUACAAGCUAGCGCUACUGGAUAGGGAAGUGAUAUCUCUUAUUCCUUGUUGACAUGACAUUCUAUGUCGGCUCGAUACCAUUGAAUAAAUUAUAUAUAGUAUUUUAACUGACUCUAACGUCAAGCUUGUCAUAGAAUAGCUUUCUUUGUAAUGGCGGAUUUAAUUUACGAAAGCCUAGCUUCAUUGAUACAACAACACA